AUUUCUCUAGCACAGAUACAGAAUCGGACUCUGAAUUCCUUUGCAGAUGAAGUUCCUGACAGUGUUGGCUUGCGUCGUGGCCGCGGCCGUGGCCAGUCCCUCCCUUCGCCAGCAGUGGCACAACUUCAAGGCUGAGCACGGCCGCCACUACGCCAGCCCGCAGGAGGAGCGCUACCGCCUGUCGGUGUUCGAGCAGAACCAGCAGUUCAUCGACGACCACAACGCCCGCUUCGAGAACGGCGAGGUCACCUUCACGCUCCAGAUGAACCAGUUCGGCGACAUGACCUCCGAGGAAUUCACCGCCACCAUGAACGGCUUCCUCAACGCCCCCACCCGUCGGCCGACGGCCAUCCUGAGAGCUGACGACGACGAGACUCUCCCGGAGAAGGUGGACUGGCGCACCAAGGGCGCCGUGACCCCCGUCAAGGACCAGAAGCAGUGCGGCUCCUGCUGGGCCUUCUCCACGACGGGGUCCCUGGAGGGCCAGCACUUCCUGAAGGACGGCAAGCUGGUGAGUCUGUCCGAGCAGAACCUCGUCGACUGCUCCGGCAAGUUCGGCAACAUGGGCUGCAUGGGCGGCCUCAUGGACCAGGCCUUCCGAUACAUCAAGGAGAACAAGGGCAUCGACACCGAGGCCUCCUACCCGUACGAGGCUGAGGACGGUAAGUGUCGCUUCGACGCCUCCAACGUCGGCGCCACCGACACCGGCUUCGUGGACGUCGAGCACGGCAGCGAGAGCGCCCUCAAGAAGGCCGUGGCCAAGGUUGGCCCCAUCUCCGUGGCCAUCGACGCCUCCCAACCGUCCUUCCAGUUCUACCACGACGGCGUGUACUACGAGGAGGACUGCUCGUCCACGGCGCUGGACCACGGCGUGCUGGCGGUGGGCUACGGCGAGACGGAGAAGGGCGAGGCCUACUGGCUGGUCAAGAACUCGUGGAACACCUCCUGGGGCAACAAGGGCUACAUCCAGAUGGCGCGCAACAAGGACAACAACUGCGGCAUCGCCACGCAGGCUUCCUACCCGCUGGUUUAGAGGCUCUGGCCACCCGUGCGUCGCUCUAGACCCCUUUGCUGUGGCUUAAGCGUAGAACAAAGUAUUGCGCUAAAGACCAGAGGACUUUAGCUUAAAGGAUUUAUUCGGGAAUUUCGUUGUGAAAUUUUAAUUGUUACACGAGUAGCAUGUGGAAAGUUAAUAAAAUUAGUAAAGAUUUAUACCAAUA